AAACGGGAAGGCCAUAAGGGGGUUGGCUGGUGUAUAUGGCGGUUGCGGCGAAGGGGGAACGUAUAUAUGGUACUUGAGAACAUUCUACCGCAACCGUCUGCUCUAACCUCCUUCACUACUACACAUUCAAUCAACUUCGAGCCCGUCUGAGUCUCCGACUAUCCAGGAGCCAACAACAUAUCGUCCACUCCGUCAAGAAGAAAUUUCAUCUCACUGAAUCCCAUAUACCCAGUUCCCUGAGAAAAGAACUCGGGCGUAUCUCCAACCGCACUACUUCCCAGCUGAGAGCGUUAGACAAGCCCGAAUUUACAUCCACGACAUCAGUGAGAAUGUUCGCCUCGCAGACCACCGUUUCCGCACUCUCCCUCGCCGUCGCUAUCCUCCUCAAAGUAGCACGCGCAGACACCACGAUGGCGGCCGUGUCGGAGAUAUCAGAUGGCCAGCCCCAAGGUCCAGUCGCCUCGACAAGUUGGUCACCCAGCACCACCGCCGAGGUUUCCUCAUGGUCCACAUCAUCCUACGACAACCCCUUCACCAUCUACACUUCGAUGACCAAUUCCCUGGGGGUCAUCACUGGCAUGCCAUCAGUUGUGACCUCUCAGCCCACACAGCCCGCCGUCGUCACCAGCCAGCCCGUCUCGCCCACCCUGCCCAGCUACUCGGGGUAUUGGUACGGCAAUAGCUCCAGCACCACCUCGACCGGAAGCAUCUCGUCCGGCCCCACGACCCUUGCGACCAGCACGGUUGUCGAGAGCUCCUCAUCCAAUGGCAUUUUCACCACCUCGUCGGGGACUGCCGUGGCCACAUUCGCCCAAGUCACCGGCGCCGCAGUUUCGAACAAAGUCGCAGGUGCUGGUAUCGGCUUGCUUGUGGCUGCUUUUGGGUUCUCCCUGCUAUGAGCUACCUAAUCAUUUGGACCUCCUAAGUUCCCCAUUGUUUCUUUCGACCAAAAAAGGAACUACUCUCCUAUUUACGACGAAGCGUUUCUCCCACGAAUGGUUUGACGCAUAAUGAGUGCAAAAGGUGAAGAUUGAAAGGUUAACCCUGGCGUCGGUUUUGGUACCGGAAUGGUAUGGCAUUAAUGAGGAUAUGACGGAAAACAGGACUUCCGGCGACUUGGAAACGGAGUGUAUCAAUGUAUCACGAUAGGAAAGUGCUCGGACACGCAACACAGCCGUAUGAGCAGUGUUCUCCGGCGAAUCGCUAAAUAGAACAAAUUGCGGCCACUAGAGGCUCUCAAAUUGAACGAAUCAAAAGUAAUCAGGACUAGAGUCUGCU